GUCACCCCGGAGUCACCCAGUGAUAGAUGGACUGUGCGAGGAUGAGUUCCUUCCUAGAUUACCCGAGCCUGAUGAGUGCAGAAGCCGGGAGCUGCCCCUCCAGAACCUUCCACCCUGACCAUGGACUUCCAACUUUCCAGUCCUGCGCAGUCUCUGCCAAUAACUGUAACAGCGAUGAUCGCUUUUUGGUUGGUCGGGGGGUCCAGCUAAGUUCCCAUCAUCACCACCAUCCCCACCAAACUGGGGCUUUCCAGACCCCCAACAACCUGGCCAUGUCCUAUUCCCACCCGAGCUGCGCUGCAGGGUAUGGCAUGCAGAACUUCAGCGCAGGAUACUCUCACUUCCCCAUAAAUCAGGAGACUGAUGUCAGUCCAGGCUUCCCCAGCGCCGUGUAUACUGGCAACAUCGCCUCCACUGUGGUCCAGCAGCACCAUCAGCACCAGAGCUAUGUGGACGGCACAGGGUCAGCGCACUACAUCCACCACCAUCACCAUCAUACCUAUGGAGCAGAGCAGCAGAACCUUCCCAUGGCCACCUAUAAUAAUAACAAUGUCAGCAGCAUACACAUCAAUCACCAAGAAACGUGCCGAUCACCAUCUGCCGAGACCUCUCCACCAGCACAGACCUUCGACUGGAUGAAAGUCAAGCGCAAUCCACCCAAAACUGGUAAAGCUGGUGAAUAUGGAUAUGUAGGUCAACCCAACACUGUGAGAACCAAUUUUACCACCAAGCAGCUGACAGAACUGGAGAAAGAAUUCCAUUUCAACAAGUACCUGACCAGAGCCAGAAGGGUGGAAAUUGCAGCAGCUCUGCAGCUUAAUGAGACCCAGGUGAAGAUCUGGUUUCAGAACAGAAGGAUGAAACAAAAAAAGAGAGAGAAAGAAGGUCUCCUGCCAAUCUCCCCCUCUGCCAGCACAGGAAGUGAUGAAAAGCCAGAAGACAUGUCAGACAAGUCAAGUCCUUCACCCUGUGCUCCAUCACCAGCUUCUUCUACCUCUGAUCAUCUCAAUUCCUCCAACUAAACAGCAGCUGUGAGGUUGCAAUGUUUUCACAAGAUUGCCAAAGACUUCCCAAUCUUGCACUCUGUAGGUGACCUGCCUCUUGGCACCAGAGUUUUGUUUGCACAAACUGUUCUUAAACCAUUUUGGGUUUUCAGCUAUGGAACCAAAAUGGAGCCCACAAUCAGUAUUGGCAUGUGUUAAGUAGAAUAUAUGCUGAAUGAGCUGCUUCCUAUGUUCAAGUACUGGGAGACAGAUGACCUCAUGGUUCUGUGACUUGCCUAGCAUAGGUACUUUUUAAUGUGAUGCACUAUUUAGAAAACAAGAUGUUUACAAAAAAAAGAAAGACUUUAUGAGUUUAAUUUAAUUGUGAUUUUUUUUUGUUGUCUGUAUGUUAAAAGAUUGUAAAUAUUGUUUCUUUUUUUCAGAGAUUUAUCUUGGAGGCCUUUUUUUGUAGAAACUCUAAUUAUCUUAUGUGAAAUGACGGGGGCGGGUACCAAGUUGUGAAAGAUUUAUAAUGCAAAAUAUUUGUUACAUUUUACUAGUAAUACAAGUGUCCAUCCAUUGUCCCUUAUAUAUAGGUAAAGGCUGGCUAAAAAGUACAGGUUUUGGUCUAGUCCAGUUGUCCUGCUUUACCUUUAAACAUUCUAUCAGAGAAUUUAUUUAAUUAUUAUAAACUGGUUUGAGCUGAAUCACUCACUAAACUUCUCAGUAGUCUAUUAAAUGUGCCAUACCUUCAAACUCCAUUAUACUAUAGAAUUAGCCUAAAGAAUUAGCCAAAAUGUCCUACAGACAAUUUCAGUAUUGCUAAUGAUCAAAUCAUUCUGUAUAUUUUUGUGAUUCUUGCUUGAGCCUGUGCAUGAAACGCAAUGAUUUAUUAUAUCCAUUAUACACUGAGUUUUAUCAGUUCUAACUUGUGAUCAAGAUAUUUUUCGAUACAGAAAAUGAUGGUCUUAUUGUAUGUGUAUGUUUGGGGCUCAGUGGUUCUACAUGAUGGGUUCUGGAUAAUGAAUAAACUUGUUAAAAUGACUAAA